AUGGGGAAUUGCUCGGUCAAAGGGGUUGCCGUGGCACAAUGUCCCAAAACUGUCCGUAUAAUGACAGAUUCCGGAGGCAUAUUGCAGUUGGAAGGCCCUAAGUUAGUCGGAGAAGUCCUCAAUGACUUCCCGGGUUAUCGCAUUUUCAGGCAAGGUCGAAUGUCAUCACCAUUGUUUGCCCAUGAACAACUUUUCAGUGGCCAAGUCUACUAUCUCCUCCCAAUUGUGAAGGAGAAGUUGACUCUGGCCACGGAGGACAGUAGAGAAUUGAGUGUGGAGGACAUGAAUGAAUCCGCGCCGGUUAGGAUGUCAUCCAGUGUAGCACUGGACCUUGUCACAAACGUAGUAGCAAAAGGGUCAGCCAUUGAAGUCUUGCCACCACCACGAAAGGGUGUUUGGAGCGUGAAAUUGGUGAUCAAUACCGAACAGUUGGAGGAGAUAUUGGCGGAGCAAGUGAAUAUAGAGGCGUUGAUUGAGCAAAUGAGGAUGGCUGCAAGCUCAGCUAGCGGCACGCCCAAGCGGAUGAGGAGCUUUUGGGGAGUAAGUAAUUGGAAGCCAAUUCUCACCAACAUAUUUUUGAAGGUGCCCAGUGAUUGCCAGAACAAAGUCAUUCACUAG